AUGGACGGCGGUUCAACCUCUGGCGAUCAGUGGCAGUGUGAUGUUUUUCACCAACAGCUAUCUCCACUAACGCAAAACUGGAAGGUUCGUGGUUCGAAUCCGACCUCCGCCACUCGACUUCCCCUGUCUAGGCUUGGGCAACCUGGCAGUAUCCUAGCCCUCGUACUUCCUUCGGGUGGCAUGGCAGUUAGGCACCGGAAGGGUGCUACAGCUGAACGCUUUCUUUCUUUCCGAAAAUGUGCGAUUUUCUAG